AACAAAAAGGCGUCAAUGCGCGUUGAUUGUGGCUACCAUGGAAUUAGUCCGUUGGAUUGCUUGAGAAAGGGAUGUUGUUAUGGCGAAUUAAAGGUGGCUGGCCCGUGGUGUUAUCAUCGAAAAGCAAACUGUCCCAUGAUUGAAGCAAACAAACGUGAAGAUUGUGGUUACCCUGGGAUAAGCAAAUCAGAUUGCGUCAAAAAAGGAUGCUGUUACAACGCGAUCAAGGAAAAGGGACCGUGGUGUUAUUACAGGCAAGAAAAAUGCCGGAAAAUAGCAGCAACAAGACGUCAUGAUUGUGGUUAUCCAGGCAUAACGAAGCGGGCAUGCGAGAAGAAAGGCUGUUGUUAUAGUGAAUUGCUAAACCAAAGUGGACCGUGGUGCUACCACCGCCUAGAAAAAUGUCUGCGCAAAGCAACAGAACGUGACGACUGCGGCUAUCCUGGUAUAACAGAAUUCGAAUGCAUGAAAAGAGGUUGCUGCUAUAAUUCAUUGCCCGGUCGUGGGCCAUGGUGUUAUUACCGAUGAGAUACGAGGACCUUCGGAAGAUUAUAUGCGAACUUUAGUGUACUCAUUGUUGUAAAAAUAUGUUGUCAAAUAAAUACCUCUAAUAUAUGAACUUUUCCUUCCCAA